AUGGCUGCUGAUGUGAAACGUUAUGUAACUUCAUGCCCAGUCUGCCAGUUCACUAAGCCGAGUCAGAAGAAGCCUGCAGGUUUUAUGGUCCCCAUUGUACCUCAAAAGCCCUGGGAGUACGUGGGUGUUGAUUUCGUUGGGCCGCUUCCUCGUACCCCUACUGGUAAUGCGUAUCUGCUAGCUUUUGUUGACUACUUCACUAAAUGGGUCGAGAUAAGCACAGUCAAGGAGGCCACAUCUCAAGUGGCGGCAGCCCUUCAAAGGAGUAUGGAAGAGAUGUUGGAUGCAUUCAGGGAUGAAUGCUGCAUUACCUACUUGGAUGACAUUCUCUGCUAUACCAAGACCUUUGUGGAGGAUGUUGAGGGCGACUGCAACGUUUUUAAAGCACUCAAACAUCAUGGUGUGAAACUGAGAUAUGAGUUUUGCAGACAAAAAGCCCAAGAUAAUGUUGGCCUGAAAGUGAAGAAGAAGAAGAAGAAAGACGAUGCAGAUUUGGUUCUGGCAACAAGGGAGCUCACCGAUAGUGAGGUGGAGGUCCCUCCUGAAGCUUCUCUCCUGCAGGAGGGAGAAAACUCUGAGGAUCAACCAGGAAGCUCUGCAGUUAGAACCAGAACAAUACCAGACAGCAAGAGGUCCACACUGAAUACUCGCAUUCAAGAAAGUGAAGUGAAACCCCAGAGCUUCCAGAUUGCCAUUAACAUCACAGAAGCCAGACAGCUUGUCGGGGAAAACAUUGACCCAAGUGUAGUGAUAGAGAUUGGUGAUGAGAAGAAACAGACAUCAGUCAAGGAAGGAACCAAUGCUCCUUUUUAUAAUGAGUAUUUUGUGUUUGACUUCUUUGCCCACAAAGAGGUCUUCUUCGACAAAGUCAUGAAGCUGACGGUUAUACACUCUAAAAUGCUGAGGAGUUUCUGUAUUGGAUCUUUUAAGUUGGAUAUGUGGACAGUCUACAAACAGCCCGGUCACCAGUUUAUCAAUAAGUGGGCAAUGCUAACCAAUCCUGGUGACAUUAGCACUGGGAUCAAAGGUUAUGUCAAGUGUGACAUCAGCAUUUCUGCAAAAGGAGAUGCCAUGCAGCCAGGACAAAAAGCCAGUGAUGCUGAGGAACAGAUAGACAAGAACCUGUUGAUUCCAGAGGGUUUUCCUUCUGAACGACCAUGGGCUCGUUUCUGUGUAAAGGUGUAUCGAGCUGAAGGCCUCCCUCGCAACAAUUCCAGCAUCAUGGCCAAUGUCACCAAGGCCUUCAUUGGAGAAAACACAGCACUCAUAGACCCUUAUGUUGUUGUCAGCUUCUUCAAACAAGUGGGUCGCACAUCCACUCAGAGAUCCACAGCAGAUCCAGUUUGGAAUGAGCAGAUUGUCUUCACAGAGAUGUUUCCUCCAUUGUGCCAGAGACUGAAGAUUCAGGUUUGGGAUGAGGGAAGUAUGAAUGAUGUUGCCAUUGGAACCCAUUGCUUUGACCUGAGAUGCAUCUCCAAUGAACAGGAUGGUGACAAAGGGUUUUUACCAACAUUUGGUCCUGCUUGGAUCAACCUUUAUGGUUCUGCCCGAAACUUUUCUUUGGGUGAUGAUACAGCGGAACUCAAUGAGGGCAUUGGAGAAGGCGUGUCUUACAGGGGCCGUGUCUACAUGGAGCUGGCAGUGGAGAUUCUAUCGGGAGGGACAGGUUCAGAUUCCAAACUUAGCAAUCUAGUCAAGCCUGUAAAAGAUGCUAAAGCAGGAAAACCUGGAGGGAAGGAUGGGAAGAUCCCUGCAGGAGGAGGGGGAGGAGGAGGCACAGGAGUAUUGGGUGAUGAUGACAAAGGAAAAGUUGAAGUAGAGGUCUUAUCUGUGGAACCUCCUCUUGUGCUCAAUGCAGAUAACAAUGAGAGCUUCCUGCUGUUUGGUGUACUGUUUGAGGCCUCCAUGAUUGAUAGGAAAAUUGGAGACAAGCCUAUAAGCUUUGAGUUCUCUCUCGGUAACUAUGGUAACAUCUUGGAGUCUGCUCCUCAGCCCAUGAUGAGUGCCACCAGUCCUGCAGUCACUCGGAGGAGAAGAGCACUGGAUGUCCCAGAUACUAGUGAUAUGUUUGGUUCUUUCCCUCUAAGCACCUCUCCCACCAGUCCUACCUUCCCACUGCUACCCAGAGAAGCUCAAGACACUACCAUGAGCUCAAAAUCUGCCACGCCUCCAGAAAAACCACUCAUCAUGGAUGGAAACAGGUACUACAUGCACUUACCCCUGGAGAUGCGGAAGCCGUGUAUUAAUGUGCUGAGUUACUGGGAAGAUAGGACUUACCGAAUGCACAACUCAAACAUGUUGGAGAAUAUAGCCGUUCUUUUUGAGGAAGGGGUGGUCAUUGCAGGUGAACUCCACAGGAAGGCAGAUCCAGCAGCCAAGCCCAUGUUGAAAACUGUCCUCCAAGAUUUUUGUAUAGAUGCCAGGAGGUUCAUUGCAGCAGCAGAGGCCAAGUUGAAGGCUGAGCUAAAGUCAAGUUACCUAACACAGCUGGACAGGAAACGCCUCACUAUGUGUAAACAGGAGCUGGAGACUAUGAUAGGAGAGGCCCAGUCUCUGGGAGAGAGGAAGGGAAAAGAUGGUGGUGUGAAAGAAAUGCUUCAGGAUGCAACAAAACUCACACAUAAACUUCGCUUUCUUGUGGAGGAGCCCCAGCACACAGUACCAGACGUGUUUGUGUGGUUGCUCAGCAACAACAAGCGUGUUGCAUAUGCCCGGGUUCGAACCAGAGACCUGUUGUACUCCAGCAGCCAGGAGGCCCGUGGAAUUAACUGUGGCAAGGUUAUAACCCUGUUUCUGAAGCCUCCAGGGAAGCGUGUUGUAGGUUUAUCACUCCAAGCAAAGCUGGAUGUCUAUCUUUGGUUUGGAGCUUGCAGGGACUCUAGCCAUAUGCUGGACAACCUGCCUGCAGGAUUCAUUCCAGCUACAGGGGGGGCUGAUGCCAAUAGCCCUCCAACAUACCUGCACUGCAAAGAGCAACAUCAGUUCCAGUUGAGGUGCCAUAUGUUUCAGGCUCGUGGUCUGAUUGCUGCUGACAACACUGGCUUGUCAGAUCCUUUUGCACGAGUCACCUUUCUGUCACACAGCCAAACCACCAAUAUUAUCAGUCAGACUCUCAGUCCUACAUGGAAUCAGUGUUUGCCAAUGAGCCAUCUUCUACUGAGUGGAGAUUUGCAGUACAUCCAGGAGGAGCCACCACGUGUCCUCAUAGAGGUCUAUGAUGACGAUGCACUGGGAAAGGCUGAGUAUCUAGGCUCCACAGUGGCAGUGCCUAAGGUCUGUCUGUCCUCUGACCCCUACACACCUCCGACUCUGCAGUACAGCCCUUUGCACUGUGGCAGCCAGCCAGGUGGAGACCUGUUGGCUGCAUUUGAACUGCUGCAGAUCUCAGAGUACGGCCAGCAGAGUCUGACCAAUUUAGAGGAACAGGAAGGAGGGAUCUACACAGUUCCAGCAUAUAUCAGGCCUGUUCUCAGCACCUACAGGCUAGAGGUGUUAUUCUGGGGUCUGAGGGAGCUGAAGAAUGUUCAACUCCUGUCUGUUGAUAGGCCACAGGUCUUUAUAGAGUGUUCAGGUAAAACUUUACGCUCUUCUAUUAUUCAGAAGUACAAGUCCAACCCAAACUUCACCACAGUGGUUGAUGCCAUAGAGCUGGAGUUGCCAGAAAAUGAAAAUCUACAUCCUCCUCUCAGUAUCACUGUUGUUGACUGGCGUGCCUUUGGUCGCAGUACGCUGGUUGGAAACCACAUCAUCAACAACCUCAAAUCUUUCAAACACAGUCCAGCUCUUUCUACGCCCAUACAGAUACACAAACAACCCAAAGAUACAAACACCCCUGGACCUGCCAUGACAUUGCAGCAACACAGUACUGAGGGACUGUCACAAGAUUCUGGAGAGAUGAGUUCAGCUGUAAUACUAACUAACCAGGAUAUCCUGAUAACUGUAGAGGAUGAAUCCCUACCCCCUGCUCCACCACCUGCUCCACCCAUCUUUAAGCAAGAUACCAGGAAGAAAAGGGAGAGUAAGUCAAAGACCACCCGUGGUCGUUCCACCAAACGCAGGAAGCGGACCAUUGCUGAUGAAUCAGCCGAGAGUGUCAUCGACUGGUGGUCCAAAUACUAUGCCUCUGUAAAGAAAGAGGCCAACCAGAAGGAUGGCUCUCCAUUUCUCCAGGUCUUUGAAAAAGCUUUGUCGUACCACAGCUUGCUCAGCAGUGGAAUAGAAUUUUUGGUCAGCCAGUCAGAUGGAGACAAGAAGAAGAAGCAACUAAAAGGAAAGGGAACUUCGGAGCCCAGCAUCGGCCAGCAUACUAAAUUAGCCACACUAAAGCUGUACAGCAAGGAGUUGGAGUCAGAGUUUGGGCCCUUUGAUGACUGGGUGAACACAUAUGAGUUGUUCAGAGGGAAAGCCAAUGAGGAAGUCGGAUCAAAUGAGGAGAGGUUUGUUGGCAAAUUUAAGGGUCGAUUUUGCCUCUAUAAGCUCACUGACAAUGAGGAGGAGGACAGGGAUGAAGCCACAGACACUGGGCAGUUCAGAGUCAACAGAGGAAUCCCUCCCAAUGUCCCAGUCCAAGUCCUCAUACGGGUUUACAUUGUCUGUGCCUCUAACCUGCACCCAGCAGACCCAGAUGGGAAGGCAGAUCCUUACAUUGUUCUUCGACUUGGCAAAAAUGAAAUCAAAGACAGAGACAAUUACAUUCCUAAACAGCUAAACCCUGUUUUUGGAAGAUCUUUUGAGAUGCAAGCUACAUUUCCUCAGGAGUCUCUGUUAUCAGUGCUGAUCUAUGACUAUGACCUGGUGGGAGGGGAUGAUCUGAUUGGAGAGACCCGCAUUGACCUUGAGAAUCGAUUUUACAGCCGACAUAGAGCUACCUGUGGAUUACCUACUGAGUACAGUCUUGAGGGUUACAAUGCCUGGAGAGACUGUCUGACACCAUCAGAGCUGUUGUCAAAGAUGUGCAGAGAGAACGGCGUGGAUGGUCCUCACUUCAGUCCAGGGCGCAUCAUUGUGGCAGACAAAGUUUUCACUGGCAAGACAGUCUUCAUGCAUGAAGACCAGCCAGUGGAGUCCUAUGAGCACUUGUCACUGAAGAUCCUUCACCGCUGGGCCGAGAUCCCAGCUAUUGGGUGCUCAUUGAUACCAGAGCACAUUGAGACCAGAACUCUGUUUAAUAAGGCCCGGCCUGGAAUGGACCAGGGUCAGGUCCAGAUGUGGGUAGACAUGUUCCCAAUGGACUUACCACAUCCAGGACCUCCAGUGGACAUUUCACCACGAAAACCAAAAGGAUAUGAGCUGCGUAUCAUCAUCUGGAACACAGAGGAUGUCGUUCUGGAUGACAACAAUUUCCUUACUGGUCAACAGUCCAGUGAUAUUUAUGUCAAGGGCUGGCUGAAAGGUUUGGAGGAUAACCGACAAGAAACUGAUGUGCAUUACAACUCUCUGACUGGAGAAGGAAACUUCAACUGGCGCUUUGUGUUCCCUUUCAGCUACCUUCCUGCUGAGAAGGUAGUGGUGGUGAGAAAGAGAGAGAGUAUUUUUUCUCUAGAUAAAACAGAACAGAAGAUUCCUGCUAUCCUAAUUCUGCAAGUCUGGGACUUUGAGACACUCUCCUCUGACGAUUUCCUAGGCACACUAGAAUUAGAUCUCCAUGGAUUUCCUCGGGGGUCAAAAACAGCCAAGUUAUGCAAGGUGGACAUGUUGACAGAGGGGACUGAGAGAAUAUCAAUCUUUCAGCAGAAGAGAGCACGAGGCUGGUGGCCCUUCAUCAAGUCAGGAGAGCUAACAGGGAAAGUGGAAGCAGAGUUCCAUCUUGUGACAGCUGAGGAGUCGGAGAAAAAUCCUGUUGGCCGUGCCCGCAAGGAGCCAGAGCCACUGCCGAAACCAAAUCGUCCAGACACCUCUUUCUCAUGGUUUGUUAACCCUUUCAAGUGUUUUUUUCACUUGGUGUGGCAAAGCUACAAGAAGUACAUCAUCAUUGCUGUCAUCCUUCUCAUCACACUGCUGUUCCUUGCUUUGCUCUUCUAUACACUGCCAGGAGCCAUCUCUAAUAAGAUUAUCAGCGGCUAACCUCAACAGUGACCUAAACUAUAUAUGUGUACACUGUAGUUCUAAACUUGGCAACUAAACUGGCAAGAAAUUUUGUAUAGUUGGUCCCCAGGUUUGCACAUGUCUCAAGACGGAUUUUGGCCCACUCCAUGACUUUAACAUGCUUCUUCUUUAGUCACUCCUUUGUUGCCUUGGGAGUAUAAACAGUGAGAUGCUUUACUGAUCCCAAAGGAAAUUAGGGAAAUUGGGAUCUCACUACGUCUGUAAUUUUUAGAAAUAUUGUAUAGAUGCAAAAACAAAGCAGUCUUAAAUCUUUAAUAUGUGCUUUAAAUGACGUAUCUUGGUCUAAAAUCUUGGGUGCGGGACAAUACAUUAAUGUCUCCUUCAAUAUGCAUGUGAUGAAAAGUGAAUGAAAAGAUCCUGUGAGAAGUGUAUAAAGUUGUGCAUAAUUUUGAUUGCGUGAUAGGCGGUUAUAAUGAUCAUUUGUGUGCAUAAAACAUUUGAUGUCUCAUGUUGUUUUGUGAUAUGUUAUUAAAAAGAGAGAAUAUGAUGGAAUAAACGUUCAUAAAGAUGGAAUGAUACACCUCUCUAUACAGGAUAAAAGCUAUAGUUUUUUGUUCCAAAAGAAAAGGACUUUUAUGUGAUUACUGUUUCUGAAAACAUAGCGACUGUCUUAAAAAAAAAACAAUCUAUGCAUCUGAUACUUUUUCCACCUAAAACAUCCAAAGUAGCAAUUAUUUCACCUUCGUGCCAGAGAGAGAUUUGUUCAGGUGUAUCUGAUAAUGAAAAAAGCUAUUACACAAAUAAAAUCGUGAUGUUUACUAUGUAUGUAGCUGUGGUUCCAAAAUAAGUGUACAGAUGUGUGUA